CUAUAAUUGAUUGAGUACAACAUUCUGGGGUACUUUUGAUGAAAAAAGGGUAUCAGGCCUUGGUUCAGGAACCAAUCUCCAUUUAUAACAUUGUUUCCUUUGGGAAAAAUGGUUCCAAGUUACGACGUUUCGACUUACGACAUGGUUUUCAGGAACUAAUUGUGUCGUAACUCCGAGGACUGCCUGUAUUAUUGUCUAUAGUUGAAUCCUGAAGUAGCAUUUUGAGCAGGAGGAGAGGUUAAGUAGCCCACAACAAAGUUGGUUUUUGUUUGCCUGUGUGAGUCAAAGCUUAAGGUCUCAAAGUGGUAGGCGUUCUGUUCUGGACCUCCACCCAGAUCCUGAUGCCAUGGAUGUACCCAAUUACAUCUAAAAAUGUAAUUGGGUACGCUGAUUUCAGCAUGGGUUGAGGCCUUAUUUUACUACAUCAUUCAAACAGACUGAAUGCUUUACAGAAACAAAGAGCACAAAAGAGUGGACAGCAUGUGGUACAAAUACAUUGCACUGAGGCUGCUUUUGCUCGUACUGCUAGGGAUGAUGAUCUUCUAGCCAAACCUUAUUCUCUAACCCAUCCACAUUCAGUAAUGGCAGUCACCCCCUCCUCUCCUCCCUUUGAAAUUCCUUCUGCAUAUUCCUCCUUUCUCUCUUUCUAGUCUACUUUAUGUAGGCUCCGUAUCACCAUCAUGGCUAUAGUGUCUUCCAGUAGAGCAAUAAUAAACUUUGUGAGUUGCAUGUGUCAUGUGCAUCCUCUCCAAUAUCCAGGAAAGAAUAGUCUGCAGCGGACUGGUUGUUUAUGUACAUACAGCUAUGUUUUUAAAUUGUAGAUAGCAGGGCAUCCUGUACUUGAAGCAGUGUGCACUAAAAUCUGUGAUGGUAAUUAGGCUCUAUGUAACUUCUUUCAGUCUUGAACCAGUCCCUGGGAAAGCUGUUUUAUGCCUUUAUCUUAAAAAAAAAAAAAAGUCUGUUUUGCCUGAAGAGCAAAGUUGCCCGCCAGUGUCCUUGGAGAUUUAAGUGUUCUUUUAGAUUAGCGGGCCUAGGCAAUUGAGCACCUUGCAAAUGAGGAACAGGACCUUGUCUAAUCUAUGUAGUCUUUUGCCUCAUCCUCCUUUCCAUAGUACCUCUGGGCUCUUAUGGUUUCUUUUCUGUGCAGAUGACUGCUAAACAUGCCUCUGUGCUCCCAGCUCCUCACUUAAGUCUCCUAUCCCCUACUGUCUUUCUGACAUUUCUCCCUUGAUGUCUUGUUGUCAACUUCAGUGCAACAUGAGCUGCUUAUAAUUCUCUUCCAAUUAUUUCCCUUUUCUAUCAUAGUGAAUAAAUCAUGCACUCUUGAUAUUGUAUAUAAUGCCUCUCACCUCUUCUGUCAUUAGGUGAUGGGCUAAUCCUACCAAUUCCUCCUCUCCAUCACCUGCAUUUCUCCUGUCAGUAGCUUGUCUUUAAUUUGAUAGUUGCAGCUUUUUAUGGAACCUCCUUCUCUUUGACCUAUUUAAUUCUCACCAUGCAUCUGCCUAGGCUUCUGCCAAAAUCUCACUCCUGUCCAAUUCCUCCGUAUGGUAGUAUCACACCACCUUGGGAGGGCAAUACAAGGGUGUGCAGGUAAUCCAGGAAGUUUUUGGAGAGUACAGGGGACAACUUCCUGAUGCAAGUGCUGGAGUGGCCAACUAGGGGCCGUGUUCUUCUUGACCUGCUGCUCAUAAACAGGGAAGAAUUGGUGGGGAGCGCAGUAGUAGUUGGCAACUUGGGCAGCCAAUGAGCUCAGGUGAUUGAGUUCAGGAUCCUGAGGAAAGGAAGGAAGAAGAGCAGCGGAGUAAGGACCCUGGACUUCAUAAAAGCAGUCUCUGACUUGCUUGGGGAACUCCUGGAUAGGAGCCUCUGGGAAGCUAGAUGGAGGGGGAGAGAAGUCCAGGAGAGCUGGCUGUACUUUAAAGAAGCCUUACAGAGAGUGCAGGAACAAACUAUCCUGAUUAUGAUUGAAGUUCCCCAAGAGAACCAGGGCCUGUGAUUGGGAAACUUCUGCUAGCAGUUUGAAGAAAGCCUCAUCCACUACUUCCUCCUGGUCUGGUCGACUGUAGCAGAACCCCACCACAUCACCCUUGUUGCUCUCCCCUCUGACCCUAACCCAGAGACUUUCAACAAGCCUACCUCCAGUUUCAUACUGGAGCUCUGAGCAAUCAUAUGGCUCUUUUACAUCAAGUGCAACUCCUCCUCCUCUUCUCCCUUACCUGUCCUUCCUGAACACUUUAUACCCACCCAUGGCAGUGCUCCAGGCAUGCGAGCUCCCAAGUCUCUAUUAUUCCGAUCAUGUCAUAGUUCCCUGACUGUGCAAGGAUUUCCUAUUGGAUGCUUACCUUACUGGGGUCAUCUGACCCCAGCUGACUUCCUGCCCUUUGGGCAGGGGGCUGCACCCAAUGAUCUUGCAAGGUCCCUUCCAGUCCUAAUGUCUAUGAAACCUUACGCCUGCCCUGGCUAUUCUCCGAGUGUCAACUCCGUUUUUUGCUCUGCACAGUUCUGCCUCUACCUACAGUUCCCGUCUCCUUCCUCAACUUCCUUCAUGCUCCGCUGACUUUCAUACCUCAAGACUUUCUCCCAUAUUGCUUUCCCACUGCUUUGAAGGAGCUCCUGGCCCUGUUCUCCAUGCAACAUUCACCCUCCACUCCCUCCUUUUGUGGCAUUCCUUGAGAGAUUUGCUUUUCAGUGUUGACCUUUUCCUUAUUUUUUAAAAGGAAAAAUCACAACCAACCUAUGGAACAACCUAACUUAAGAAACGGCAGCAUGGUGUAUAAGUAGCAUCAGAAACAACCUCCUGCCCUUACACAGUGUCCCUCCCCCUCCUUGUCUCUUAUCAUCAUCUGUCCCUUUACGCGAACCUCGUCUGCAGGCCUCCCAACUCAAGAACCUGUUUUUAUUUCUCUGUCAAGUUCCUUGGGCCUGUAGGUAACAGCUUUAUCACUGCAGGUCCCUCAUUAAACAUUUAAAACCAGAAGUUUCCAAAUAGAAUUGAAUUCAAGCCCUCACUGCAAAAUGGCUUUGGGAGUCUGUCUCAUGGUAGGCAUUGAAUUAAAAAAAAAAAAAAAGGAAAUAAAACCCCAAAUCAGAGCACAAGCCCAACAGAGAACAAGCCCAAGCUUUUUACCAGAAAGAGACAUUUCCCUGAACUUAAAUCCUUGCACCAGGCACACUGCUGAGGAGAAAAACAGCUCCCUGAAUGUAAGCAAGGGGCUCUGCUCUGGGCACAUGGAGCUAAUUGUUGGAGGCCGGUUGUAAAGCAGUGGUUCUCAAAAUUUUUGUACCAGGACCCAUUUGUAAUCACCAAUGGCCAGUCCUAACCCAGGGCCCCUCACUUAUAACCCACUACGCCUGCCCCCAGCCCCUUGCAGGCUGGAACUCUGCCAGCUUGCAAGGGAAAACCCGGGCUCCCCGUGUGUUUUUCCUUUAAAAGUUUGCUCCGGCCCCUUUCAUGUACAGUCUUGCAAUCCACGGGUUGAGAAAACGUUGCUGUAAAGGACGCUGAUUGCCAAGCUCCGUGGGAGGUUGCCCACGUGUGCGAGAGGGCAAUGCCCUGAGCUGCUUCCCGGGUUCCCUCAUCCUUGGAGCUCCUGGUGCGGCUCGGCCCCACGGCUUCCCCCGCGCACGGCGCCGCUCAGCUGCACCGCGCGUUUCCCGGGGGAAGAUGAAGCCGUGCCGGGCGGGGGUUCAUUCUCGUCAGCCCCUGGGCCUGGGUCCGGCCACGCUCCGCUUCUCUACAUUGGAAACCCGACGGGACUCGCGGGGAGCAGGGCACCGCCGAGCGGGCACCCCCUCCCGCGCUUCGUGCCGCCGCUCGCGGGGCGUGCGUGCGCUCAGCCCCGGCUAUUCCCCGAAGUGCCAGUGCGGGACUGGAGGCUGAGUCACGUCCUGCCCGGCGGGGCCAGCCUGUGCUCAGCGUGCCGAGGGACGGGCUCUCCCGGGUUGAGCCGGGGAGGGGGGAGCCCUGCCCUGCCCUUUUCCUGCAGCUCCUGAUCACAGCGCUGCGGUUCCUCGCCUUGAUCUCAUCGCGGCUCCGCACGACACCCUCGCCCUGAACCUGACAUCGCCUCGCGAAAUGAUCAAGAUAAAGGGAUGCAGAUUCAUGAGCCCAGGAGGACAUUAGGAUCAUAAAAAAGCAAGCUGGAAGGACCCUGAAGAAGCCAUCUAGUCCAACCCCCUGCUUAAGGCAAGAUCAUGUGUCUAAAUUAUCUUAGACAACUGUCUGAUAACCUGUUCUGUUGCCAAAGCUUCAUCCAGAAUACAGAUGACCUGCACCAGGUUCAAGGGGAUGAAGACCUAAACAAAAGCUGUCAAAACCCCCAAGCCCAACACUUCAUCAAACCAGUGACCCAAACUCCUGGCGUGUUGUGACAAGGCUGACAAGACAGAGUAAAGCAAAACGUUCCCAGGAGGCCAAGGCUGCUGGCCUUGGUUUAGGUUUGGAAGGCUGCACAUAAGACAACAACAUGAAAAGGAGUGAGUGUGGGAUGUGAAAUUAAUUCAGUUGAAACAGAGUCAUAAUAAAAACUCCUACUUUGAUUCUCACAUCUUUAAUUGAUUUAUUUACUUUUUAUUGGUCUGCUGUAAACUCAAACAGAUUUCAUUCUAGGCUGCCAGAGAGAGCAAAGGCAGUUCAGACAGAGGUUGAACAUAUGUCCCAGCUUACAGGGAUUGACCCAGGCUUGAGGAACAAUUUGAAGGUCACAGACAGCUCAAGUGAAACCAAGAUGCUGUUUUCAGUAAAACCAGUGAGGCGUUCAGCUGGUUACUUCUCUCUGCUUGCUUUGCCCUGCCAGGUAGGCUGUGCCCCCUUGACUACUCUGCUGCUUCCUUGUUGUUGGAUUUGAAAUGGCUUCUGCUCGCUCACUGGGUUACGAGAUGGGACCUGGGACAGUGCAAUGCAGUAAGGCAGCAAAGUCUGUGAAGCAGCACCACAGCUGCUAGAGGUGGCAAACUUUUGAACUUAAAAUGUGAUUUUUAGUUUCAAUUCAGGCCCUGCAGAGCAACAGGAGCGGAGAUUGUGGUACUCUAUUAUUCGAGGCCUCUAUUACAGGAAAUGACAAAGCAAGAUCUCUUCUCGGCAUGUCUGUGCUUGUCCAGGUAGAAGUUAAAGAUAGCACUUUUGCAACCACAGGAAUAUGCCCACUAAUAUUAUUUCUCUUUCUCACUGAAUAAAGCAAGUUGACAAUUUUGCAUUGGGCAGGUUAGAUUUGCACCCUGGGCCGGCAUAAAAGCGACUGCUGUGCUUCGCUACACAUACCGUCAUUUGAUCCUCUCUCGGUUUUGCCCGGCAGUCUUGCCUCUGCCGGCAGUAUUCAAUGCACAAGCAAAACCAAACCCUGUUCUUUCCCAUGUCUUAAAGCCCUCAGGUGGCAACCGCAGCUAACUCGCGUUAGCGGAAGUGCUGCCAGGCAGGACCUGGGAGUCUCCAGUAUUGCUCAGGGACCGAGGGUCCUGCGCGGCUUUUGCUUUUCCAGGCAAGUGCGUUGUCACCCUGUGUAGGACGCACCGGGUGCUGCCCCUCUUUCCUUAUCCGCCCCCCCGGCUCGCUCCUCCCCAGGAAAGAAAGGCGUGUGAUCUCCACCCCUGCUUUAUUUCACACGCCAGGCAAGGCUGUCUCUCAACUCGCUGACCCGCGGCUCCAGCCCUUGCAGCGAGGGGACGCCCCGCCCCCGCCGGCGCGCGACUCUUCCCACUCUGCGUCACGUUCGAGUCACGUUCCCUGGGCGCCGGUUGCCAUGGCGCCCAGGGAAGCCGUUGGCGCCGCGCGAGACGCCGAGUUAAACACCUGCUGCUGACCGUGUAAUCCCCACCAGUCCUGUGUCUUCCUGCCUCACAACUGUGCCUGAAUUUUGGAAGGCCAUGGAUCGGCAUCUUCCUACGCACGCAUUACCUGAAGAAAUCCAGAAGAUGUCCCGGGAUGAAACAGUAUGUAAAUAUUGUGGAGUCAGCUAUCUGAUCCUUCAUGAAUUUAAGCUGAUGGAAGAAAAAGUAAAAGCCAUGGAAAACAAGAUGAAGUUUUAUGAGGAAAGUGUAGAACGGGAGAAAAGGCUUCAAGCAGAAUUGCAGUCUCUUAGCCAGGACUUUGAACUUUGCAGAACUGACAGUGAAUCAAAAACAGAAAGAAUACAAAAUCUAACCCUGCAGUUGAAAAACAAACAAGAUGAAUUGCAAAAUCUAAAUGGGGAUUUGAGAUGUUUCCAAGAAGAGAAAGAAGUUGUAUAUAAGCAGUUGCAGCUGUUCAGAAGAAUAUUGGAGAACCACCGGUUAACUCUGCAUGAGGCUCUUUCAUUACUUCUCUUUGUUAGAACUGAGCCAGACAGUAUUAAACAAGUAGUGGCUAAUAAUCUAGAUAGCUGGACUACACUGAAAGAAGAGAUUUUUCGACAAAUAAAAACUUUAAGCAAAGCAGUUUUGACAGAGAUAUCCAUAUUGAAUAAAAGGUUGGCAGAAUCCCAAAAGAAUAAUGUGUCCCUCCAAGAAGAGGUGAAACAGCUGAAGUUGGUGUUUGAUGAAGUUGAACUGAAAACUCAGCAGCUUCAGCACUCACUCCAGCGAGAGAAUGAAUUACGAAAGGAAACAUUAGAUUUAACAAAUCAAGUAGAGACAGUUGGACUCAAAUUUCAGAAAGUAACAGCUGAACUGGACCACUACAAAAAUCUAUUCAUAAUGAAAACAACAGAAGUUGACAGCUACCAAAGUGAACUAAAAAAACUGGAGCAUGCAAAUGACAUUUCACAAUCAAGGCUUACUAAUGAUUUAAAAGAAAAAGAAGAGUCUUUGCUAGUUUGCCAACAAGUAUGCAGUCAUUUACAGGAAGAAGUGACUGAGAAAGAGAGGCAAGGAGAAGAGCUAAAAAUAAGGACUAAUUGUUUAGAGAGUGAACUACAAACAAUGAAAAAUCUUCUUAGACAGAGAGAAGAAGAAGUGGAAAUGCUAAAAAAAGAAAGGGAGGUAAUGUUGAUUUCUCAUCAGAACAAAACAGAGCAGCUGCAGGGAGCAUUAAAACAGAAGAUGCAGAAUGAAGACAACUGGAAGAAAAAGAUUGAAACUAACCUAGCUAAAUCUCAAGCACAACACAAAGAAGAGAUUCUCAUACUCAAGGAAGAAGCUAGGAUAAAACUAGACACUGAAAGACAAAAACACCAAGAAUUAAUCAGCAAGUAUCAAAAAGAUAAGGAAGAGUUACAGAAAAAGGUCCCUGAAUUAAUAUCCAGGGCCACGGAUGGCCUAAGUGUAGAAGUGGAAAUUCUUGAAAAGAAACUACAAGCAGCACAAAACAAACUGACAGAAAAGAACAGAGAUAUGGAAAAAGAAAUUCAAAGCCUUAAAAGACUGAAUACUGAACUUGAGUUUCAGCUUAAGAAGGAACAAAAGAGCAAUGAUUCGCUUUUGGAGCGUAUGAGGAAAGAAAUUAAAAAGAAGUCAGAUGAACUGGAAAAAAUAACCCAGGAACAAACCCAGCUGCUUCAGAAUUUGAGUCAGGCUGAAGAAGAGAACUCUCUUCUCCAGGAAACAGUGCGCAGGGAGUGUGAGGAACGCUAUGGACUAACUGAAGCAUUGACUCAAGCCAGAGAACAAAUACUGGAACUGAAGACACUCAGUGGAAACUUCCCAUUGUCACAGUGUUCUCUCACUCAGGGCAGCAUAACCUCCUGUGCUGCACUGGUCAAUAGUUAUGGGCAGAAAAACCUUACAAAUCCAAAUUCUGGGAAGGAAAUCAAACUCUCAGAGCUGUGUGGCAUUUCAAGAGCUGCUAAUACACCAACAUCCAAUAAGCACAAGAGCAAUGGUGAUGUGGGUUUACCAGUUCUAACUCCACCACAUCCUCCUAGGGGAAGAGCAUCUCUGAAUGAAUCCAGGAGCAGAAUAACUGCAAUUAUAAGGAGACAACUGAGUCAGCUUUAAUAUAUAGAAAUGACAAGGACAGAUUGUUUUAUAUCUCUGUGUAGCACAGGAAAGACCCUUCAGUGCAUCAUGUAGUCACUUAGUGGUGUAUCAUAGGGGCAUAAAUGACUCAGAAGUUCUUUCUUGAAGAUUAGUGCAUUUCUAUUUUUCAAGAACUUAAAACUAAGCUAAAACUUACUUUCAGAUACAUAUCUCACAACACAGGGAGAGCAUAUAUGGCAAAAUUGUAACUAAAUUAUUCGCAAAAUUAUUUUCCCCUAAAUCACCCUUUUGUCUGUGUUUUUCUGUUUCAGUGUUACCCAGUAAUUACAUCACUAGCUACUAGUUUACAAAAUUGCCAAAUUUUGCCACUCUUUCGUUCUUGCAGAUUGCCUUAUUUAAGCCAUGAGACGAACUAAUCAUGGAGUAACAUAUUACUCAGCAGGAGAGACAUUGCAGAAUCUAAGCCUGAAGAACAGACAAAACACUGUCAGGGUAACACCCUCCCACCUAAUUGUCUAUCAGUUCUUAACCCAUUCUAACAAAUGUGUAGCACCACUAAUGCAGGGCAGUGUAGUGAUUUGGACUAGGUCUUCAACUGAUGUAAAUUGGCAUAAGGUCAUUGCAGUCCAUGGAGCUGUGCCAAUUUAGGCAUAUGAGAACCUAGAAGUAAACUCUUUUAAACUCUUUCCUUCAGAGAAAAAUCUCUGAAUAAAAACCAUCACAGACUCCAAAGCCAGUGUUCACCUGUACCUGUGGCAGGACAUAAAGUUUUCAUAGUUUCA